AUGGCCGGGCGAUCUGCAGGCACUGCUAUCCUGCCUUCGGAGCAUUCGGCCACGGGCGGCUACACCAUCAACUCGACCAUCCUUGUGGAGCUUGAGGAGGCCUCGAUCGCUGACCUGAUGCCUGCUGCUUGUCCGGUUUGCCGCUUGUCCAAAAAGCAAGCCGGCGCGAAAGAAGCCUCAAUCCCGACCGUCUGA